UUCACCGCGCUCGUCAGGUUCGCCGCUUCCUCCGGCUCGUCGUUCGCUCUAGAGGAUGUCAAGUCAGACCCUCGGGCUGAACGGGGCUUUAAAGGGCACCUCGUCGCGCCCCGGACUGUGUAACAUGAUCGCCAGCACCAGGAAUAUUUUCGUGGGCAGAAAGAGGAAAACUGUCGCCCCGAACCCCGAGAGCUCCGAGCAGGAAACUGGGAAUGCUGCCAAGUCCAACCCUUCCAAACGGCACCGCGACCGCCUCAACGUGGAAUUUGACAACCUGCUGAGGCUCCUACCGACCAGUGAGGACGUUGCAGGGCGACUGGACAAACUCUCCAUCCUACGCCUCAGUGUUAGCUGCCUCCGUCUGAAAAGAUUCUUUGAAGCUACUUUGGGACAGCGGAAGAGAUGCCCACCUGCAGAGCAGGCCAACAAUGCCAGGCUGGACUGGCAGCUGCCAAACCAAGGCAAUAUAAUACUGUCCGAGGGGGAACUGCUCCUACAGGCGCUGAAUGGCUUUGUCCUGGUAGUGACGACAGAAGGUGACAUCUUCUAUGCAUCUCCCACCAUUCAGGAAUAUGUGGGAUUCCAUCAGACCGCUGUUAUGCACCAGCCCGUGUAUGAACUGCUUCAUCCUGAAGAUCGCGAUGAGUUUCAGCGCCAGUUGCAUUGGGCACUGGACCUAGUGCCACGCUCCAACAUGGCACAGUCGGAUAGCAGCACAAAUGGUGACAUUGUUACAAGGUAUGAUCCACAGCAACUGCCCCCAGAGAACUCCCCUUUCCUCGAGAGGAAUUUUGUGUGCAAAAUGCGCUCGCUCCUCAACAGCCCCUCUGGCUACAUGGCUCUAAACAUGAAAGGCAAACUGAAGUACCUCUAUGGACAGAACAAGCGGGCAGAAGAUGGCUCUCUCCUACCUCCACAGCUGGCACUCUUUGCCAUUGCCACUCCCCUCCAAAUGCCUUCAAUCGUUGAAAUCAGGACCAGAAGCGCCCUGUUUCAGACAAAACACAAGCUCGACUUUUCACCUGUUGCCUGUGACGCAAAAGCGAAGAGUGUGCUGGGUUACUCGGAAUUGGAGCUGUGCAUGCGAGGGUCUGGAUAUCAAUUUAUUCAUGCUGAUGACAUGCUUUACUGUGCUGACAACCAUGUUCAGUUGAUGAAGACAGGCCAGAGUGGAAUGACUAUCUUCAGGCUACUGACCAAGCACAACGUGUGGAUCUGGGUGCAAGCAAAUGCCUACCUCGUCUACAAGAAUGGGCAGCCGGAUUUCAUCAUCGCGAAGCAGAGACUCCUCACAGAUAAAGAAGGGAUGGACCACUUCCAGAAACGCACAAUGCCAUUCCCACUUCCCUUCUUGACAGGGGACGCUGUGCUCUAUGACCACAGUUCGCCAAUCCUUGGCCUCGCCAAUUCAUUUCUGUUGGAGAGCAGCAACUCCGGUGUGCAGCAGAGCAGAGAUGUGGAUCCCAACUCACUCUUUGGAGCCAUGAUGAGCCAAGACAAGGCAGUGUACAUCAGGUCCCCAGCUACUGAGCCUAAGUACUCCCUCAGCUGGAUCGGUGGCAGGGUUGGGCUGGGAGGGAGUGUGCUGUGUUCCCAGAAUGAAGAGAAAAGCGUUGAAGCGGAGGAGAGCAGCUUUAAGCAGGAUGAUGACCUGUUGUCCCUUUUGAAUGACAUGCUACAAAGCGACAAUGAAGAGGUGUUUACCGGCUUCCCAAACGUUAUGGAAAGCUUGGGACCAGAGGACCUGGAGCUCAUGCACUGGGUGGAGAGCACAUUGACUGUGGAGGCAGUUUCUGAAGGCUCCCUCACAAACGACCAGGUCUUGUCUUACGUUCAGGAGUCGUUCAAGAAGAAAGAGCUGGACCCCUGCCCACUGAAUGGCCUGCAGCCAAACCUGGGCACAGGAGGCCAGUUGGCUCAGCAUUCAGACACCACCGCCAGCAAGGGGUCCCCUUGGAUGCCACCCACCUCCGGGCAACUGAAUGCACCGCCCCUGAUGCCCCGACCACCGUCAAAGCCAAGCUGCUUGACCCACAGACCGGUGCCACCUUGCAGCCUGGCGCACAGAAUGCAAUGCAGCCAGCAAAGUACGCAGUGGCCCCGUUCUACACAGCGGCCCCCACCCAUGCCAAGCCCGCCUCCCACGCAGCACCGAGCCCACUGCAAGCAACAGCCAACAAGACAGGGGUACGCGAAGCUGCCACAGCACUCGCAACACGCUCAUUGGAAAGCGUUCGGGCAGCAAUGCAGCCAGCAGUCAGACUGGUGCCUACAGCAGCCUGGUGAUCCCAAUCCAUCCCCCGUCAGUGGACUAAACCCAGGCUAUGCAAGAGCCCCACAGGGCAGCAGAGCUGAUCUGCAGCAAAACAUACCCCUCCAUCAUCUGCCACCCAACCCUCCAAACAGUGCUGCCUGCGGUGAUCCCUCUCAGCGCAGCAGACUGGACUUCAGUCAUCAAGGACUUGCGCUCACUAGUUAUGGACAAGAGACUCAGAGUGCAACCAGCUGGUUCCCCAGCGAGAACCAGCCCAACGCAACUCCGUUUCCACUUCUCAGCUCCUCGACACCUCACGGGAAAAGUGCGAACGUCUCUGUAUUUCACUCGGCAUCUACUGUCCCCUUGUGCCACGAGUACAUGCACUUGCAUCCUGUAGACCAGAAUGGCUGGCACCCUGUGGAACUGUACAAGACAAAACAAGAUCCCAAUGGCCUUCUUAGCUUUCACUCUGCUAUGAACAGUACCCCUAUUUUUGGCAAUGGCUCCACUCAGUGAGGAACCAGCCAGGCCUCUCGCGAACAGAUCUGACGCCAUCUUUGCUCCAGGCACCGCUGUCUCCUUGGCAACGAGUGAAGACUCCUGGGAAGCCCGAACCUUAUCAGGGAAGUGGCUUUUAGCUUUUCAAUUUCUGAAGAUUUUGUUCAACGGAGGCUUAAAUUAGUUCAAAGUAACUGCUGCAACGAAUCCUUUACUUCCUCUGUGUCAAGAAGCUUCGGGGAUGACCAUCGAAACGUGGCAGGUUUAUUGCCCUGACCCUUAAAGGAAGGUCUUCAAGGUUUCGUUGUAGUGGAUGGCAUUUCUAGGGAAUAACCUUGCUUUGAGUAAGAAAACUGUCUCUGGAAUAUUCCUGGUUAGUUUAUCUGCUGGCUUUUGUCUGUGGGAAAGGUAAGUCCCAUCACGUGACUCGGAGCCGCUAUUUGGAAGAUUUGGUUUGUAAAGAUGCCAGAAGUCAAACUUGAGACCUUUCCAGAUCAAUAUUCUGAAACAAUGUAACGACGGAGGUGGGUUCAAGAAGUUCUGCCACGCGAUAAAGUCGUUGAGAAUUACAGGAAUACUUUUCUUCUUUUUUAUAAUUGUCAGCAAUGUGCCUCGAGAAUGGAAACCACAAGAAGCCCUUGUGUGUGUGUGUGUGUGUCUGUGUGUGUGUAUCUGUCUGUGUGUGUUUGUGUGAGAGAGACAGACAGACUGUGUAUGUAUAUGUGUGUGUGUGUGUGUGUGUGUGUGUGUGUGUGUGUGUGUGAGAGAGAGAGAGAGAGAGAGAGAGGUGCAGUAUCAUGGAGGAUCUAUUUGAAGGACUGGCACAGAGAAGGAACAGUUGAAAUGAAAACUGGGCUGCAUAUUGGAAAGGAAAAUGCCUGCUCCACCCUAUCAAAACAAUGCCAGUAUCCCCGCUUAUUCGUCUUGGAGCUUAAAAUCAAUUGUUCUACCAGUCUUAGAAAGUUUUUCUAAAGGUGCCUGUACACAUUGUAGCCUGUGCUUGAAUGAUAGUCCACAUGCAUUGUGUGGGCACAUCCUUCAUUCAGGUAAAUCCCUGCAACCUGUUCCUCACAAAGGGAUCCCACUUCAAGCCGAGCGUGAGGGAGCUGUUGACUUUUAUUCAAUGACAGACAGAGGGGAGAGUAAAUCCGCCUUGUCCAUUAGAAACAGCCUGCCCCAGCUCGGGACUUGUGGUCUCCUCAGAGUUUUGUGAGUUGGGUGCGCAAAAAGCCCAAUGAAAAUCCAGGCUACUUAGCAGAGAAAAUAAAUCUGGAAAAUUAACCCUGGACUCCCUUAGACAAUCAAAAACAGCCCACAAGAUCACUCUGGCUCGACUAAUGUCUUAACUUGGCAAUGGAUGCAAAAUACAAUGAGAUCCAGUGAUAUUUGCAACAUUCCCUGCAAAAUGGGAUUGUGUAUGAAGGGCUAUUAAUACAUUGGAUCUGGUUAAUGCACAAUUUACUUUUUACUUAAAUAGGUAUAUCUUCUGGAUUACAAGGGUACAAUAGUGAGGUUAGUUUCAAGAGAUGGGAAGCAAGGAGAGAAUGAAGGAAAAUUUCGGAUGACGCGAAGAGGUGAUGGGGAAGGGGGAAGAAAAGGAUAGCUGGGAAAGGAAGAGCAGCUUACAAAGCCUUAACCUUCUAGUGACUAAUCCUUGAUUGUAACUGGUUUGAUUUUUCAUCGAUGAUCUGGACACAAAUAACCAAAGAGGCUAUAGGCAGAUAUUGAUGGAAUGAAGGCAUUCACUUUUAAAACCGUAUUGAUCAUAAAAGAAAUGACCAAGAAAAGGUCUUUUGAGAAUCCUUUUAAAGCUGUGAUACCCUAGGGUUCUUUUUUGUUUUAAACAGACAUUUCAUUACUUAUACCAUUUUCCGAAAUGUCUCCCAUGACUCACCCAUUCUGCGAAGCAGUUGCUUUGUAACUAUUUGGACACUGUUGUAUUUUGUUCUAAACAUGGCCCGUUGAUUUUGAAACGGUUGUAACUGGACACUGAUUGGUGGGACUGAGAGAUGCUCUUCAUUUGCAGUCCUUUCUGAAAUUACUGAGCUGCUAUAACCUUGCUGUGUUUUGAUACAAGGAAACAUCUCUUUUGUUAAACUCAAAGUGCACCUUUUGUCUAGUCUUAUACCAAGACUCAGGUUUUAUAUUCCGAUAUUGUGGUUUGCAUCUGCGUAUUUCAGACUUAAUGAAAAGUUAGGUGAAUAAAGAAGUUAUGAUCUUAAAUUAUUGACUAGUUCCUAUAUGACAAGCUGCUUCUCGUCGCUGCAUGAUGCAGUUCCCAUGGUAACGGCUCCGAUUUCUGCUUAACCUACAAAUUCUCCCAUGUCACUUCUAAACAUUCCCUGGUUUCAUCCUUUUCCCUCUCCACACACCAGGCUGUAAACUGAGGGGGCUGAGCAGCAGUGAGCUUCCUCCAGGGCCUUUGGAGAAUGCUCUUUGUGAACUGGUGACCAGCAGGUAUCCGGGUCAAUGUUGAUCAGCUAUCCCAUUUCUCCUCAUUAGAGGCAGCAUGACCAGGUCCAAAGCAGACUGAACAGAGUGAAGCAACAAUUUUUCCGACCAGAGAGCAGAAUAUUGUGGUCAAGUGGCCUGGGAAAAAAAAUAAAAUGCCUUGACCUUGUGCCACUGAUGC